AUGAAUUCCACAGGAGUUGACGUUAAAACGACAGAUGAUGUAGUUCGAAGGAUUGGUGUUGAAGUUGUCGUUUCCAAAGUUGCUUUUGUUGUUGAAUCAUUAACUGUUGAGGUAAAAAUAGUUUCAAUUGAUGGAGAAGUUGUAGUUAACGAAAAAGCUGUCGUUACUGCAGAUUCUGAAGUUGUGGAGUUUGACGUUAUUGGUGUUGUGGAGUUUGACGUUAUUGGUGUUGUGAAGUUUGACGUUAUUGGUGUUGUUGAAUUGCUGCUUUGUGACGCAUAA